AUGCCCCCCCUGAAGGUUCUUAUUUGCGGCGGUGGUUGUGCUGGGCCUGCCUUGGCUUACUUACUUGCGUCCUGUGGGCAUAAAGUGACAAUCGUCGAGCGUUUCCAUGCCCUCAGAGCCUCGGGUGCGCAAAUUGAUCUUCGAGCCCAAGGGAUUGAAGUAGUGAGGCGCAUGGGGCUUCUUGGGGCCGUUCGCAGCCGAUCUGUUGACGAGAUAGGCGUCUCUUUUGUCAAUUCUCAGGAUAGAGUACAAGGGACUAUUCUUGCUAAUAAGACUGGUAAAGGUGCACAGUCCUUAACCUCCGAUUAUGAAAUUAUGCGUGGAGACAUGGUUCGAUUACUAUACGAUGCAACGAAAGAGGAUGUGGAAUAUAUGUUUGGAAUAACUGUUGAAAGUUUCGAGCAGGACGAAAAUACGGUUUCAGUCCAGUUCUCCGACGGCUCUACUGACACCUUUGAUCUUGUAGUUGGAGCCGAUGGUCAGGGGUCACGUAUUCGAAAAGCCAUUCUACCGCCAGGUGCCCCGGACCCUUACUGGAGGAUAGGUGCCAUGUUGGCUUACUGGUUUAUACCCCAUGCCGAGUCAGACACCAACAUCAGUGUUGCUUAUCACAGCUCGGGCGGCCGCGUACUAUUUCGCAGACGCUAUACUUCUACAGACUCGCAGGCCUACAUUGUACUCCGUGACAGCUCAGAGGACAUACGAUGCAUUCCCAAGGCACCAAUGGAACAACAGAAACAAUUCCUCUCCCAGAGGUUUCAUGAUGCAGGCUGGCAGGCAGAUCGGUUUCUCAAAGGCUUGGAGACAACAAAGUCUUUCUACUGCGAGGAGGCCCUUCAAGUCCGCACUGAUACAUGGCAUAAAGGCCGGGUUGUUCUGGUGGGAGAUGCUGGAUAUUGUCCAUCCCCAUUCACCGGUUUAGGUACUACUGUUGCACUUGUUGGUGCCUACGUUUUGGCUGGAGAGAUCAACCAAAAUACCGAUAACUUACCUAAGGCCCUUGCAAACUACGACAAGAAAUUGCGCCCUUUCGUCGAUAAUGUUCAGGAAUUAAACCGGAGCCUUAUGCCUUAUUACUUACCACACAGUCAAUGGGGAGUUACCGUUUUCCAUUUUCUUGUCUGGUUAAUAUGCAUACUUCGGAUCCCUGAGCUCAUGACACGUUUUUCAAAACCGGAUGUUCACGACUGGGUCUUACCAUAUUAUCCUGAGCUGGACAAAGAACGGAAUCACAAACUAAAAGAGAAAAUAGUGUAG